UUCAUUACAUGCCCUCAUGGCUGGGUUGUCAAGCUUUUGACUUGGGAAUAAACUCUGUAGCUUUGGGUUUCAGGAAAACUUAUUUCGCUUUCACAUUCCGAUGGAGAAAUAGACAGAAUCCGUACACGCAAGGGUUCUUUGUGCUCAUGUCUCUUAGUUUAGAGAUGUGUUUUUUAUGACACAAAAAAUAGUUAGCUGAGGGUAAGAGUGCAACUAAGAGCAUGAUUUCUCUCUACGUUUUAUUGUAAUUCUGUAAAAGAACACGGUAGAAACAAAGGUAACGUUUUCAAUAUGUUCAUGUUCCCUUUAAUUAAAAAACAUUUUCGCUCAAGUGUUCCGGUUUGUUCCCCUUGACUUGAGUGAUCUAGGUCGAGAUAACGUACGAGUUCACUGGCCUGACACGGAAGUAGUCAAGGGACAUAACCAAAGCGUCCUUGGAUUCACGGCAGCGAGAUAGGCGACAAAGGGAAAGUAGCGCGAGUUUUACAUGACUGGACCUGCCUGCACUCUAAAACUUUGCAAUAACUUCUUGGAGAAACGAAAUCUGUAAAUCAACCUCCGUGUUUCACCAGAUCUUAUCUUGAUAAACUAGGAAAAUGGAUACUGGAAGGUCAACGGCUUCUCGAAAAGGGGAUCCGAGAAUCGUCGGCAUUGCCAAAGAAGUUUCAGAAAGCCGAGACAGAAAAGUUCCUGCGUUGUUGUUACAGCUAAAACCGAUCCUCAAUGAGGCGGCAGCAACGUCAGAAGAAGGCAUCCGCAUGAGACAGGAGCUUUGGCAGUACAACUUGCUCAAGGUCGCGGUGCUGGUGCUGCGACAAGACUACAGCGUGAUCCCUGGGGAGUGGGGGGCCGCCGCCGACCUGGCCCUGCUAGUCAGCCAAGCGACAUGUGGCCUGGCGUGCGUCACGUCGGAGGACCGGCGCCAGCUGGAGGAGGACUUCCUGCCGCGCUGCGUGGAGAACAUGUUGCUUUUGUCGCGGCACAUCCACGGCAUUCUGGCUAGUUUGUCGGCCUCACGGGAGAGGGACAAAGAAGCUAGUGAGUUGUGCGCCAGCUUCAAGAAAGUUCUGGAUGCUCUGGUUCAUCUGGCCUCGGGCUACUUCUACAUCUGUCCCCAAGCGGUGCGUGUCGGUGCCUCCUACGUUUCUGCGACCAUCACAAGUCUCUGGUGGAACUGUUGUGUCUACGCUACAGGGGGUUACGUCCCCUGCUCCGUCGCUGGGAGGGUCGUGGCUUUGACCGGGACCUACGUCACAUGGCCGUCCUUCUGGAGUCGGGCUCGGCGAUCAAGGCAAAGGCUCAGCGGCGGGAUGAGUGUGCUCGGUACAUCCAGGCUGUGUGGAAAGGUUUCCGGACCCGACGGAGACUGGUACAGGCUAACCGAGCUUUUGCCAAGUUCCAUAAGUCUUACAGACUCAAGAAGAGCCGGCAGGAACAAGUGAAGCUCCAGACCCAGUACCAGACAGAGCUGCACCACCAGAUGAAGCGCCGCCGACAACAGCUCAUCAGGCAGUUUGACGAGAAAAGAUUACACGCUCUGGAGGUUCUGCCCGCUUCCGGUAUAGAGGAGUACCUGAGGAAAGAAAAGUCAGUGGCGGCCUUGAGGAUACAGACGCUUUGGAGAGGUCACAGAGAGAGGUCAAGGGUCAGUGAGAGACAAAAGGUCAAACGGCAGGUCAAGGCCGCCAUUAUCAUACAGAGAGGGGUUCGUCGUUGGUUGGAGCGUGUGGAGCAGGCACGACAGGAGUUUCCACGACACUUCAAGCCAGACGGACUCACUGAGGAACGAAAGAUAGAGCUGUCUGGACGAAUAAAACAGUGGAGGGAGCAGAACCCGAGCCGCAUGGAGACCCCCGAGGAAGUGGCCGAGCGCCACCAGAGGGCGCAGGAGAUGCUGGCCCGUCACUAUGGCAACGUGCGACGCUACAGGAAGCUGGAGUACCAGUGUCACAAUCUGUUGGCUCGGCUGGACACAGACACGGAGCUUGUCUCUUUGGCCCCUAGCCUGGGUGACAUCACGGCCGCUGACGUAGACAUGUACUCGAGCCGAUCGUUGCCCGUGGCAACCGCAGCCAAACAGCAACACAAGCUGAUGAUGAGGAGACUGCAGCAGCCCUGGUGGAAGACACUAGGCUGGGAGGAGGAGGAGGAGGUGGAUGAGGACGAGAGAGAGAGGGUGGUAGCAGAGGUGUUGUUGGAGACUAUGGGAGUGUGAGGGGAGGGAGGGAGAGAGAGGUUAUGAGUGUGGAACAAAAUGACCAUAGUUAUUCUGUGUGUGUGUGUGUGUGUAUGUGUGUGUCACUCUGCGUGGUCAUGUCGCUUGUGAAAGGGUUGAGUGUGUUAUAUUUUGUUUGGGCAUGUGUGGGUGUGUAUGUGUGUGUGUGUGUUUGAGUGUGUGUGUGUGUGUUUGAGUGUGUGUGUGUGUGUGUGUAUGUGUGUGUUACUGUACCUGGCCAUGUCGCUUGUAAAAGGGUUGAAUGUGUAUACAUACAUGUUGUAUUUGGGCAUGUGUGUGUGUGUGUAUCUGUGUGUGAUAUGUAAAUAUGCCAAUAUGUGAUAUUUGUGAAUAAUUUAUAUUUAUAUAUAUAGUUAGUAAUGAUUGUGUCAUCUUUGUAGGUAAAAUCACUGAUUUUGGGUGUGUACUUUGCCCAAAGUGAGUGCGGUAGUAGGCCUAUGUGUAGCGGAUAGACACAGACAGACUAUGGUGUCAGAGGACACAGAUUAUGAUGUCAGAAGACACAGACCGACUAUGGUGUCAGAGGACACAGACAAUGAUGUCAGAUGUCAGAAGACACAGACAGACUAUGAUGUCAGAUGACACAGACAGACUGUGGUGUCAGAGGACACAGACAGGCUAUGGUGUCAGAGGACAAAGACAGACUGUGGUGUCAGAGGACACAGACAGACUAUGAUGUCAGAAGACACAGACAGACUAUGAUGUCAGAAGACACAGACAGACUAUGAUAUCAGAAGACACAACACAGACAGACUAUGAUGUCAGAUGACACAGACAGACGGACUAUGAUGUCAAAAGACACAGACACAGACAGACUAUGAUGUCAGAAGACACAGAC